GUUCUGACACAGAAAGAGAGAAACAGAGGGCUGGCAUCGGAGCUGCUGGAAGUCUGACAGGAAACUUUCUCAGUUCCCUCCUCAGCAGCAGCAGUGUACCGUCUGAUCUACACAUGUCUGGACCCAGCUCCCGGACCCACUCACGCUGAAGCCAUGGUUCUGCUGGUCCAUGCCCCGCCAGCGCGCUACUGAGGCUCACGGAUAUCAGGGUAAACCUGACCUGGAGACGCUUCGGACCUACACGACAGUGAUUUGUUUGAAACGAUGGAGACUUUCUUUUACCUACUCGCCUUCGUGUUGACCCACGGGUGUUCGGGUCUUGGAUAUGUCGCAGAGUCGAGCAUUCAGGCAGGUCAGAGAGCGGCGAGCAGACACAGGAACUGGUGUGCUUAUGUGGUGACGAGGACAGUAAGCUGCGUUAUGGAGGACGGAGUGGAGACAUAUAUCAAACCAGACUAUCAACGCUGUACCUGGGGCCAAUGUCCUCGAGUGGCCUAUCGAACAUAUAGGAGGCCAAGGUAUAAGAUAGCUUACAAGAUGGUGACAGAAAUGGAGUGGAAGUGUUGCCACGGUUACUCAGGGGAGGACUGCCACCAGGGUCCGCAUGGGACCCUUGACACUCGGGUCAACGGAGGGCAGACUCAAACGACACAGACCGGGGGUGGAAAGAAGGGUGAAGAGGGUGAGAGUGAGAGAAUCCAGGAGCUGCAGGACACAAUCACCAGUCUUAAAAAAGAACUCCACGACAUGAAGACCACCAUUGAUGGCAUAAACCAAAAGCUUCCCAGCCUGAAUGGGGCCACUGUUGCUGCAGAUUCAGCUCAGCCAUUCAUGAAAGAAACCAUCAACAGCAUCCAAACUAAGCUGGACCAUCUCUACAACAGAACACAGGUCCAUGAUGAGACCCUGCUCAACAUCAACAACCACUUGGUGAACGGAGGCGGAAAUCAACUGGAUGAAAAUGUUGAGACAGGAGGAGGAAACCAGCUGAACACACUGAAGGAAGAGAUCCUGACCGAGCUGGGGCGAAGGGUCUCUCUGUCCUGCUCUUCCUGUCAGGCCGGUGUGGAGGACCUGAGACGAGAGCAGGUGGAGGACAGAGAAAGGAUCAGAGACUUGGAGAAGCUGAUCAGCUCUAUGGACCAACAUGUCCGGCAGAAAUUGGAAAUCUUCCGCAGAGAAAGCGAGCGUUCCCAGGGCUGCUGCAACACCAUCACAGAGCUAGAGAAGAGACUGUCGGAUCUGGACAUUCGACUCACGUCCACCUCAGACAAGUGCGACAGCAUUAAAGGGCGGCUGGAUAAGGAGCUUGCUAGGACAGGUGGAGGAAAGGGUCAAGUCACUGAAGAUCGGUUUAACAGCAGGCUAAGAGAACUGGAAAAGAGGUUAAAUACCACAUUGAGGAAGACAGAGCAGAAGUGUACGAACACUGGGAGCAACCUGAAAGAAACCAUCCAAAGAGAUUUCAACCAGCUGCGUAAUUCGGUCUUUCAUCAGUUAGAUGACCACGGCUUUAAAAUUGGAAAAAUAGAAAUGGAUGUGGCAGAUCUUGGAGAUACAGUGACGGACCAUAGCCGACGUUUAAGCCAGCUGGAGAACAUCACAACCUUCCUUGACAGAAAAUUGUCCUCAACCACAAAGAUGUGCAAUGAGACCUGCGGGCACAAUGGAAAAGGCCCAGCGACAGAUGAGACUAUAAAAACCUUGGAGUGGAGAGUUGUAACCAAUCAAGAACACAUCAAGAGAUUUAACAACACCCUUAACAACUUGUCUGUGACAGGAGACUCCCUGAUUGACAGAGUGAUUGAUCUAACCAAUGACAUCAACAAGAUAAAAGCUGUGACCGGGCAGAAUGGUGAACACUUUACACGCAUUGUUACAGAGAUUGAUAAGCUGGGCAGAGAUUUUGAGGAUUGUCUUGUUUGCCGCAACAUCGAGCAGGACCUCCGCUUGCUCACCAACUCCACAAUGAUCGGUCUUAACAAGUGCCAGAGAGAACUGACAGAUCUGCGGAAAAAAGUUGACUCGGGGGAAUCCGCCUGCUCUCAGGUGUGUUCCAACCUUCAGGAAGAGGUGGGACGACUAAGAGAGGAUGUGGAGGAAUGUACAGGACAGUGUAAAACUAACAUAAAUGACCUGAAGAAACGGUUGGAUGGUCAUACUUUCCACAGUGGGAAAUUAGGCGGUGAUCUAAAGUCCAUCCAAGGAGAGCUGGCUAAUGUCAUGGUAACUUUUAACUACAUUAAUAACACACUGAAGGACCUGGGAUGGACUGUGAAGACACAUGGUACCACGCUGACAGAUCUAUUCAACACCAAUGACAAAACCAUAUCUGUGGUGAAUGACUUGCAGAAUGAGCUGACAGAGCAUAUUGACGACUCGAAGAUUCAGUUUGGCAAUCUGGGCAGAGAGAUCCAGAUAAUCAGGAACAACUAUGUGACAGAGGUGGGGGAGUGCCGGCGUUCCAGAGACGGUCUGGACCAAAGGCUCUCCAAGCUGGAGGGAGUCUGCAGCCGCUUGGACUCCUUCACAGACAGCCUAGAGAAAAUCAAAGAGGGCCUGAACAGACACGUGUCUGGCCUGUGGGGCUGUGUUAAUGGGCUCAAUGUCACCGUAACGUCCCAAGGAGAGCUUAUUGACAAUAUCCAGAACAUCCAGCUCGACCAUGUCCACUCCAGGAUACAUAAGCUGAACUCCUCAGUGCUGGACCUGGGCAGGCAGUUCACCGUCUUCAGGGAACAGGACUUUAGGGGUCCACCAGGCCCCCAGGGAGAAAGAGGCGAGCCUGGACCACAGGGUCCUGUUGGACCACAAGGAAGGGUGGGAUCCCCAGGCAGAGACGGCAGACAGGGACCAGUGGGACCCCCAGGGCUCAGAGGAGAACAGGGUCUUCAAGGGUCUGAUGCCCAGGUGCCACGCCUUUCCUUCUCUGCUGCACUAACUCGUCCAAUGAGGAAAACGGGAACUAUAGAGUUCAACGAAGUGUUUGUCAAUGAAAAUAAUGCCUAUGAUCCUAAAACAGGGCUAUUUACAGCACCCCAGCGUGGCAGAUACUUUUUUAGCGGCAUCCUGACCGGUCACAAAAACAUGAAGAUUGAGGCGGUGCUUUCCAAGUCAAACGUCGGCGUUGCCCGAGUGGAUUCAGCGGGAUAUCAGCCUGAAGGCCUGGAGAAGCCCAUGGCAGAAGCCAAACACAUCCCUGGAGCUCUGGCUGUGUUUAACAUCAUCCUGUCCUUAGAGGCCGGGGAAACGGUCUGCAUCGACCUCGUGACGGGCAAGCUGGCCUUCUCUUCUGAACCUUUGACCAUCUUCAGUGGGAUGCUGCUGUACUAGACCGUCAGACAGGAGGCAGUAUGAUUUCAGAGUAUGAGUUCGUCUUGUUGCUUAAAACCUCUGUUUAGACUCGAACACAAAGCAGUCAUCGAUCGUUGGUAAAACUGAUACAAGUGGACUGGAUUCAUCCAGCCAGAAGAAAAAAUGUUAGAGUUUCACAGGUUAAAGGAAAAGUUUUUCUUUUUUUUUUUACGAUUUAUGUGUAUUCUUCUGUGGAAAAAAAGCCACUGCAGGGUAAUUCCAAAGGUUCCUGCCCUGCUAUAAACUUGGAUACCCUACUAAUUGUGGCCGCACACCCUUCAAGUUUCACUUUUGUUAAAGAAAGGACAUUUAGCAAAAUUAAGAAAGAUUAAAGCUCUGGGUGUUUUUAUUUAUCUGUGCUGUCCACCCACACCCCAUCAAGUCUUCAGCAUUCAUUACACACUCUUAGCUGUUUCAUCUUUUUUUUUCCUUUUUACUAUGGUCAUUUUUUUUUUGUUACAGUGUCAUUUUGACCACGAGCAAGUUCCCAGAAAUGCAAGGCUUAGAGCCAAUUGUCUUGCGAAGAAAUGCAGGGGGGAAAAGUCCAAACCACUAUUCUUUAGGAGGAAAUGCACAAAUGAAGUCACUGACAGUUCAGCACAGAAACCACAGGAUUUUAUAAAUCAUGCAGCCACAAAACAAUAAGACCAUUUUAGGACUUUGGCUGUGCCUUGAAACACAGCGGAAGGAGAGGAUUUGUCAGCUAGAAGAGAGGGGAUUUUUUUCCCCCUUUGUGUCCUAAUAAGGAACAUCUAAAGUUAGAAGAUGAGGAUUAGUAGUUAAAGUUCUGGAGAUCUUUAAGGAUUAUGCUUACAGUUCUUACAGUGCCAGUUAAUACAAGACUUGUGGCAAACAGUUAUUAUUGUAGAUGUCAUACGUACAGGCUUAAAUAUAUACAUACACCUCCAUUAUUUGUUAAAUAAAUGCCCCUUAGCAUGUUGCACAGACCCACACCCACAGUGAAACCACCAGUUGGCUGGAUAUUUGAUCAAAGUUCUUGGUUUAAUAAGAGUUGUUUGAAAUUGGUUCAUUUCCUGGCACAGACCUAGCUUUUAAGCAUAACUUACAAAUUCUCCAAAAGGUUGGUGUCAGGGCUUUUGAUUGGCCCUUCAGGAAGAUUCAUGCAUGACUUCCAAAGCUAUUUUUGAUGUGUUUUUAAUCAGUCCUGUUUGAACAACAAAGGUAUCCCCCUCGAUUAAAAUUAAAUGUGAGUUUGAAUGAUCAGGAAUGACUCAGGAACCACCUAGGCUCAAGUCUAUCAAACUGUAGGCUGCUGGGACACCAGUGUCACCUCCCAUGGUAAUAUUAGUUUAACAUUAACGGCGUAGUCAAGGAUUGCUGAAAUCUGAAGUUGACCACCUGGUAAAGGUAAAUACCUUCUAUAGAAACGUUUUAAGGUCAGGCAAGGCAAAUGUCAAGCAUUGUGAUGGCAGUGUCAUGCUGCCAGUGGCACUGAUGCAUUGCAUGAAAUAACAAAAAUGGAGGGCCAACUCUAAGUACUUCAACUCAGCUACGGUUGAAUUUUGAACAAAGUUUGGUUUUCCAACAGAACAGGCAUCCCAAACACACACCAAAACUGUUCCUGUUUCAAAUGGAUAAAGCAGGCUAAGAUAAGGCUUUUGGAGUGGCCCUGACAACCCUUUAAAAAAUAAAUGUGUAGACGUCACUCAAAAGUUGCGUCAAUGCCAGGAAACCAUCUGUUUAUUUUUUCUGAUAAGAACAGAGGUCAAACAUCCAUGACAAAUGUCAGAAUCUUCUUAGCUUCAAAAGUGUUGAUUUCUUUACAGCCUGCUAAGGGAGAUUUGAUCAUUAUUAGCUGGGGUAUACAUAUAUGUGUGUGUAUAUAUAUUGAGGUAUAAUUUUGACACUGUAAAUAAGAGAAAAUGCACAAUAUAUUAAAAAUUCCAGACCCA